AUGUUCUUAAAUCAGUCGGAUACAGUUGAAAUCUUACGAGAUUGGGAGCACUAUCCCUCAAACCUUUCUGCGGUCUUUACUCAAGACAACUUAGAGCUCUGUCACCGGAGAUUGCAGAAUGACGCGAAGAGGCUGUUCAAUCCUGACAUUACGGAUGUUCGUCUUGAGACGGUACAUCUUGACCGCAGAGCGGAUACGGGCGUUGCCGAACAGACGCCGAUGUUAAUGACGGAUUCCAUCACAGACGAGACAGAUCUCGAGGAAGUCCUGAUCCCUCACAGCUGGGCGCCAUUCAAUAACUCCGAGGAUACUUUCCGUAAGAUCUUUACUGCUGUGAAGGUCCGGCCGUCUUUCUUAGACUUCGUUCGUGCCUUUGGUCAGCCCGAGGGAGGAUACGAAACCGACUUCUCCGGUGGCUAUGAUUGCUACCAUGGGAAUAUAACCAGCGAUGGCCCCAAUUUUGAAUUUUUCUACAAUAUUCGAUAUGUUGUCAAGACUGGGAGAGACGGCUGGCCGUGGUCAGAACGAAGAAUGGGCGUUUAUCAUAAAUAUGACGAUACGACAGACUCGUCAACCUGGAUUAUCCUACAGCCCACAGCUUCCGCCCGGAAGCUGCCCAAAAAGUUCUCUUCUGCAAUACGUCCUAACCUUAAACCUGUGGUACAGCAUAUUUUCCUCUUUCGGUCCACGUCUCAAUCAUGGAAGGACUAUCUGAAAUACCUGGAGAGCCAAGUUCGAAAGGAUAGCCGUCAAGCUCGCCUUGACGCAUCUACAGAGCUUCACGUACCGAAGCCGGACUUUGACCUAGCGUUCUCGAACGUCCAAAGUCUCCAGCACCGGUGUGAGCUUAUCCAUGAUGCCAUCUUAGUGCUCCGAUCCAAUGUUGAGAUACUCAUCGGACUCCAAUCGCUCGACAGGAGAAUGGUUCACAUACUCGGCACGUCUCCCGUUUUCUUGGACCACAGCGCAGAAACUUGCAUGUCGCUAUUCAAGACGCACCGGAAAUGGGCGGAGGCUAUGCUGGAUCGUGCAAAGCAAGUUUCUAGUCUUAUGACCACGCUUCUCAAUUCUAAGCAUAGCCAAGCGCUCACCUCGAACACUGCAAGCAUGAAUCGGCUGGCAGAAGCAGCAAAAGAAGACGGGAGAGCGAUGCUUGCGCUCACAAAAUCAGCGAAGAAAGACGCGGGCACUAUGAAGCUUAUUGCGGCCAUUACAAUGAUAUACCUGCCGGGAACUUUCGUAGCUCUAACGCAGACAGACCUUAUUCAGCACUGGAUUCGUGAACGUGUCUUUGACCGUCAAUGA